CCCUCUCAAUGCUGAGCUUGGGUUGCGUAUCUCAUGGUUUCUUGACUCUUAUUUGACCACGAUGCCUUAACCGGCGAUUGACAUCUUCAGCUUUGUGUAUUAAGCUGCCUCUUGAGAAAUGAAAACUUUGCCCUAGAAAGUGGUUUCGUUGUGGAAGCUCGACCGAGUGGGUUCCUUUGCUUUCCCUUGUACAUACCGAUUGGUCACUUCCCUUCAUUGUUUAUUUACACCAAAACUUCAACCCAUUCAGCCUGGGUUGUUAGUGUCAUGCUUCUAACAGCCCCCCUUCGCGGAUGCCGUUAUGGGCACCGCGCUUUUCUUCCUUUAAGCCUACCCACGGUGGUAAAGGCGACUUCUCCUCUCGCUCUCACUAGUUUCCCACAGUUUAAGAGGUUCUACGCCGACCCUGCUCACGAUGCAAAGGUCGAGGCAAUCCGCAACAUUGGCAUUAUUGCCCAUGUUGAUGCCGGCAAAACCACGACAACUGAGCGAAUGCUCUAUUACAGUGGCUUGUCCAGGCAUCUAGGAAAUGUCCAAGAUGGCAACACCAUGACCGACUUCCUUCCUAUGGAGCGGGAGCGUGGUAUCACUAUUCAAUCCGCAGCCGUUACCUUUCUCUGGCCUCCACAGCAGAGCUUGGCUCCCGGCCAACAACCAAAGAGCAUCAACCUGAUCGAUACGCCAGGUCAUCAGGACUUCCGCUACGAGGUCGACCGUUGCUUGCCGAUUCUUGACGGUGCUGUCUGCAUUCUUGACGCUGUCAAGGGAGUUGAGACUCAUACCGAGCGGGUCUGGGAGUCUGCUCAACUGUCAAAGAUCCCGAGACUUAUCUUUGUCAACAAGCUCGACCGUGACGGAGCCUCCUUCAAGAGAUCAUGUCUCGAGGUGGCUUCUAGGCUCAGAACCUAUCCCCUGAUCUGCCAGAUUCCGUGGUGGAACAAGGAUGAAUUUGUGGGUGUCAUCGACAUCAUCAACCUCGUCGGCAUGAAGUUCUCUAGCACUGGCCAAAUGUCACUUGUGAGUGAGGAGACUAUUGGCAAGGAAAACCCAACUCUUCGCGCCGAGAUGGACAAGGCCCGUCUUAGCCUUAUUGAGACACUGUCUGAAUAUGACGAUGCCGUCAUGGAGGAGUUCCUCGAGCUCGAAAAGGACGUGCCUACUGCCUCCAUCAAGAGAGCCAUUCGAAAGCUGAUUAUGGAUGGAGAAGCAAAGUUCUCCCCCAUCUUUGCCGGCGCUUCUCUCAAGAACAUUGGUGUACAGCCAUUGCUCGAUGGUGUCAUUGACUACCUACCCAGCCCUCUCGAUAGACCGGAAGUUGAGGUCAUUCAGGGCAAGAAGGCAAUGCCGCUAUCAAAGCUUCUCACUCUGCAAGACAAGAAGAAGAAGAAUCACGGCAACCAUGCUCACUCUCAGUCACCCAUCACAACCAUCGGUCACGUCUUCAAGGUCGUUGACGACCCCCGCCGUGGUAUGAUGAGUUUCGUUCGGGUUUAUCAUGGCGCUCUCAACCGCAGCAAUCACCUGUACAACAGCAACAUGAAUACCUUUGAGAAAGCUCAGGCCCUCCUUCACGUCUCUGCCAAAGAUUAUCAAGACAUCCAGCUCCUCGGUACCGGCCAAAUCGGCGCUCUAACCGGCUUGAAACAAGCUCGCACCGGCGACACCCUACUCACCUUCCCCGGCAGUCACAACCCCAAAGCUCCGGAGCAGUUCAGAGCCGUCCACAUCAAGACCCUCGACACUCCUCCCGCCGUGGCCUUCAUCUCCAUCGAGCCCUACACCAAGACCGCCAGCGAGAAGAUCGAAGAAGCCCUCAGCAAGCUCUCGCGCGAAGACCCCAGCAUCCGCUGGAGCAAAGACGAAAAGACCGACCAGCUCAUCCUCUCCGGCAUGGGUCUCCUGCAUCUCGAGAUCGCCCAACACCGUCUCCUGACGCACUACAAAAUCGACCGCGACACCGCCAUCUGGGGCGACAUCGAAGUCGAGUAUUCCGAGUGCUUACUCUCCCCGGUCGCACCGCACCGCGCCGUCUUCGACCGUCCCAUGCGCGGCGAGAACGGCAAAGCAGCCUGCACCGCCACCCUCGUCCCCGUCGAAGACCACCACCGGCACGAAUCCCUCCUCGAGUCCUGCGUCGAGCGCGACGGCAACAUCAUCCACAUCGUGAUCCCCCUUCCCGAAGGGACCGAGGACCACGAAUCCCUCCCCUUCGACGCCGAGCUCGUCCGCCAGCAGCUUCUCAACGGCGUCAUCGCCGGCCUUUCGCGGGGCCCGCGCCGCAACUGUCCCGUGCGCAAAACCCACGUCACCAUCACCUUUGAUCCGGAGACGGACUUCUUCGGGGCUACCCAGACCACGGGCGGACACAUCACCAACGCGGCGCUGCAGGCCGUGCGCGCCUGCCUGAAGGAGGCGCACGCCAACUCGGCCAUCGGCAUCCUCGAGCCUUUUACCAACGUGACUAUCCACUGCCCCGAGGAGGCCUCGCACGCGAUCCAGCACGAUCUCGUCUCGGCGCGCGGCGGCGCGGUGCUCGAGGUGCGGAGACCCGAGGAGAGUGAUGCGGACGCGGCGUUUGUCAGCGAGGGAGGUGGUAUUGAUCUGAGCAAGAUGUACGUGCCGCCCGAUCCGUACGAGAGCGUGCAGAGCUUGAGAGACCCCAAGAAGAGCGUGGUGCGGAUGCUGGAGAUUGUGGGCAAGGCGCCGCUGAAGGAUAUGAUGAAGUAUGAUAGCCAGCUAAGGAGCAUGACGGGCGGUAGGCACUCGUUGCAGUUGGAUCCGGGCGAGUUUGAGCUGGUGACGGGGCCGAGGGAGAAGAUGAUUGGUUGAAUGGUGGGGAGGAGGUAGGGUAGAUAGAUGCUGAAUAUAUAUGUAUGAUAUUGAUUGA